AUGAGCUGUCCUUGCUUGGAUAACCGCGAAGUGAAACAGAUGGAGAAGACACAGAAAUAUGGUCCACUAAUGUGGGAAUUGGGAGAAAGAAAUCCUGGCCACCAAGUGAAACAGUCUAACAUCAUUAUUGAUGUUCUUGGAGGAUAUUCAGCUGAUGUGAGUCAAGCAGUAAAGGAACUUGUUGGAGAGAAGAGUGCCACCAUCUUACAAAGAAUGCAGAGAUUUGUCAUAUCGCAGGGGCGGAUCCAGGAUUUUUUUUAGGAGGGGGUGCACUCGUCUCUUGCUCUACUUCAACACCAAUAAACCACAUAGUUUUUUUUCGCAGAAUACCAGUUGUAUUAGAAAACCGCAGGUCAUCUCGGAAGGGGGGGGGGGUGCGCACCCCCUGAACCCUCCCCCUAGAUCCGUCCCUGUAUCGAGUACACUAAACAUUGCACGCAGUUUCAAAAUUCUUGCUUAAACAUAGAGGAUUGUUGCUAAAGUGUUCUUUUUUUACGAAAAAAAUUUAUUAUUGUAUAUUAAAAUUUUUAUUGAAACUUUUAGUUUGAUUUUGCCAUAGAUCUAAAGCUAAGUAGAAUGGUGGACAAAAUUUUCGGAAAAACGGAAACAUCUUUUAUUUAUUUUAACGCUUUAAUAUUUUACAAGACUAUGAUAUUUUACAAGACUGUGAUAUUCUUAAUAUAUUUCAAUACUUUUUACAUAAGAAAGACUUCACGGCGCAGGGGUUGGUUACGGUCAGACGCCCAACUUUUUUUUACUAAUACUGGGCAUCCAGACGUGUGAAACUGCCAUAAUAAUAAUAGGUCUUUAUUUCAUAGAUAUAAUACAUAUUCUAUGUUACAAUAAGUAUUAGACCGCAGUGAAAAAGGGGAGGGAUUAGCAGGAGGAGCGCCGGCUCAUGUUUCGAACAGCGACUGGUAAUCGAGUCUAAAACUAAGCCUUGUUUUCAUACGUCAGGAAAAUCCCAGACGAUCAGGGAUUUUACUUUUUGCCGACCGUCCCAUAUUUUGCCGAUAGUAUCG